AUGAAUAUUAUGAAGACGUUAUUCUUGUGUCAGUGGUUUGAGGCUAUUGUGGCGAAGCUGAUGAUAAUUCCGUUUCAAAUUGGAGUUUUCAAGAUUUGUGAUUCCACUCAACCAUACGUCAGCUGGUGGUCUGAAGAGGGCAGCGAUGAAAUUAUUGUUAUCGAGAAGGCGUCUACGACUGUCUACUUACUCAUAAUUGCAAGUUUUCUCGUUUGGCACUAUGCGUACUCCAUGAUUUUCGGAAUACUGAAUCUGGGUCUCGAACGGAUCUUUGCGACGGUUCUAUUGAAAGACUAUGAAAACAAACCGAGACUGUAUAUUCCUGUGUUAUUAAUAUGCUCAACACAUGCCGUAACUUUAGUGUUCUCUUAUCUGGUGCUCACAAACAAAACUGGUUUUUACAUUGGAACAUCUCCGUGUUUCAUAAAUUCCGGGUUGUCAUUUAUGAUGUAUGUAAUUGUUUUGAAAGUGAACAAAAGAAGACGGAAAAAGCUAGAAGAUCCAGGACCAGGAUGCGAUUAUUCCCUAGCUCAACAGUUUCAGGUCAAGGAAAAUUAUAGAGCAUUGAAGCUGGCAAAAAACCUGCUCAUCGUUGUUCUCUGCGCAAUGUCGGUUCCGUGUGCAUUGCUCAUUAUGCUAGUGAUCGGAUUGAUACCUUCAUUCAAAAUGAUUCUGAUUCAUGUCAUGGAGAAUUCUAUCUACUUGAACCCAAUUAUAAUCUGCACUGUGUUGAUGUUCAGUUCAACUGUUUGGAGAGACGAAUAUCUGAAAUUGAUCCCUGGUUGGAAAAGAUUUCGGACAGCGAGAGUAUUCAAAGUUCGACCGAAACCUCAACUGACUCACAAGGCAUCGACAGCUCCUGUGGAACCAGAUGAAGGAUUGAUAUACUUUGAACAGUUGAAAAAGUCGUGGCAAUGA